GAAGAAGAGCCCCGCCCCUGAAAGCUUCGAUCAAUAUUUCAAAAUGAUCACUGUUAUCAUUGCUCACGUUCAUAUGAUAGUUUUUCAAUAUCUAAUCACAAUUUAAGUAGUUGGAUACAACUGCCUUGCGAUAAGAGUACCAUGAUUUUAUUGUUUACAGUUUGUAUAGGAUAGCAAGUGUUUGUUUUUAGCAUUAAGCUGAUUUAGCUAGCAAGAGAAAAAAAAAAGCCACUGCGCCGAGACGCAGAUUUGGUUCGCCAGCAUGGCUUCCAGUGCCAGGAAAGAUUCCCCGGAGCUUCCUGACUUCUCUCUGCUCAAGAGACUUGCCAGAGAUCAGCUCGUCUACCUCCUGGAACAACUUCCAGGAAAGAAGGACCUUUUUAUUGAGGCAGACUUGAUGAGCCCGCUGGAUCGUAUUGCCAAUGUUGCCAUCCUGAAGCAACAUGACGUUGACAAGCUUUACAAAGUAGAAUAUAAACCCAUAAUUAGCACAGCAGAUCAGCUCUGUUUUCUGAUCCGGCCAAGAAUACGAACAGUGAAGUGGAUAUGUGAUGUGGUCCAAGCAGACAAAGCAGCAGGGAAAUUUAGAAGAUACAAAAUUAUAUUUACUCCUCAGAAGUUUUAUGCAUGUGAAACGGUGCUGGAGGAGCAGGGAGUCUUUGGAGAUGUGACUAUGGAUGAAUGGGCCUUCUAUCUACUUCCUUUGGACGAUGACAUCAUCAGUCUGGAACUCCCAGAGUUUUUUCGGGACAAUUAUCUGGCUGGAGACUUGCGUUGGGUGAGGACAGCUGGUAGCGCUCUCCAUCUCCUCCACUCCAUUUAUGGACCCUUUUCAAAGGUUUACGGGAUUGGAAGGUGUUCAAAGAUGGUGUACGAGUCUUGGAGAGAGCAAGCGGAAGAGGGAGACUAUAAGGCUCGGAACACUGAAAUAGGAAACGUUUUCUUAAUUGAUAGGGAUGUGGACUUUGUCACCCCUUUGUGCUCACAAGUGGUUUACGAAGGACUUGUGGAUGAUGUAUUCAGAAUCAAAUGUGGGUGUGUGGAAUUUGGGCCUGAUGUUUCGUCCUCAGACAAAAGCAUCAAAGUCAUGCUGAACUCUCAAGAUAAGGUCUUCAAUGAAAUCAGAAACGAGCAUUUCUCCAAUGUAUUCAGCUUCCUCAGUCAGAAAGCCAGGAAUCUCCAGACUGCAUAUGAUAAGCGUCGAGGAAUGGACAUAAAGCAGAUGAAAACGUUUGUCUCCGAAGAACUAAAAGGGUUGAAACAAGAACAUCGGCUCCUGAGCCUGCACAUCAGCGCAAGUGAAUCAAUGAUGAAGAAGAAAACGAAGCAGGACUUCCAGGAACUGUUAAAGACAGAACACUCUUUACUUGAAGGUUUUGAAAUCCGUGAAUGUAUUUCUUUCAUUGAGGAACAUAUCAACAGGCAGGUCUCCAUGACGGAAAGUCUUCGACUGCUUUGUCUUCUGUCCUUAACGGAAAAUGGACUCCUGCCAAAAGAUUACCGCUCUUUAAAAACACAGUAUUUACAGAGUUAUGGAGUGGAGCAUCUGCUCACAUUUGCCAACCUCAAGCAAUCGGGGUUGCUUGUGGAGCAACAGCAGGCUGAGACGCUGACUGUUAUGGAGAGCAAAGUGGGUAAACUGGUCAACGAUAAGACAGCAGGGAAACUAACAGAUGCCUUUUCGUCCUUGGCAAGGAAAAGUAAUUUCAGAGCCCUCAGCAGAAAACUCAAUUUGGUGCCAAAGUCAGAUGAGGAAUAUGACCUGCGUGUCCCAAGGGACAUGGCAUACGUCUUCAGUGGCGCCUACAUCCCACUGAGCUGCAAGCUCAUUGAGCAGGUGUUAGAGCGAGACGGUUGGACUGGGCUUGAAGAAGUUACCAGGUUGCUAAAUGGAAAUGAGUUUGCCGUCACAGGCAAAAAUGGAGCAAAAAAUGAAGCACAGCGCAUCGUUGUUGUCAUGUUCCUCGGGGGGUGCACCUACUCUGAGAUUUCAGCUUUACGUUUUCUUGGUAGAGAAAGAGGAUAUAAAUUUAUUGUGGUAACGACUGCCAUUACAAGCAGCUCAAGACUGUUGGAAACCUUGCUGGGCAACCAUCUAUGAUGAGCCAAUGUGAGCCUGUCAGCUCACAAUGAUGUACCUGAGAAACAUUCCUGUCACUCUACAACCAACUGUGAUAGUUGUUGACUUGUCAGAAAUUCCCAAAAAAGAAAUGAGUAAAGAUGUGCAAUGUCAAUAAAUGUAUUUUUACGAUG